AUGACACCCAAACAGCGAUACCUUUUUGACUUAACGGGGUAUAUUCACCUCAAAAACGUCCUCAACGAUGAAGAAUUGAAAAAGACACAGGAUGCCGUCGAGCGAUGCGUCCAAACGCCACAGGAUGAACUCCCGCCCGGUAUUAGUUAUAGCGGUGGUGGCUAUUCCAACGGAUUUUCCUUCGACAAAUCACUUGAGGCACUUACACUUCAUCCGAAAACAUGGCCAAUCGUGAAGGAACUCACCGAUAAUAAGCCCCGUUUUAAUCGAGGCAGCCUCCUUGCCAAGGGACCAGAGCACGAUCAGGUCAUCGGCAAGUUACACUGUGCCCGCGAAGAUUGUGGAUGGCAGACGCGCCGCUAUGACGUCAAGGAUGGACAGAUUUACUGCAACGACUUCGUCGUCUUUUUCUAUUUCGCCGAUGUCCACCCCGGCGAUGGCGGCUUAGUUGUCCUACCGGGUUCCCACAAAGCAAACUUUGAACGCCCGGAGGGGAUCUUCUUCCCGGAUCCGGAGGAUCCACCCGAUGAACUCCAUCCUGCGUUAGUUAAUGUGACAGCGCGUGCUGGCGACGCGAUUGUCCUGUCCGAACUGCUGACGCAUGGGGUUCUCAUCUGGAAACCGAAGGACCGGUAUCGGCGAUUUAUCAUCUUGCGUUACACAACACAGUUUUUCCAAGAUGCAAGGGCACAUAGGGUCCCGUUUCCACCUGAGGUGAUGGAACGACUUUCCCCCGAAACCAUUGAACUUGUGCAACCCGCAUCCUAUACGCAUAUCAAGGACAUUGUCAAAAGCUUUGCCGUAGAAGAAUUUAGAGUCUCUCAAUACGGGAGUGGCGAACAGAUUUGGUUUGAGGCGGAAGCCUUUGAUGAAAGGGAUUCCGAGGAUGUCUAUAAAUUGGGCACAGCCGAAGGGGCACUCGAACCAACGGAAGGUGCCUUCGGCGAUAUUGUCACGAAUGCCGGUGGACAAGGUUGGUUACUCUAUAGGUUCGACAUCAGUGCCGCUGAUGGAAAAGCAGGGGACUGGCGGUUUAUCGCGCGCGUCAUUAAUCCGAGCAACCAUUCGGAUUGGUUAUGGGUUUUGGGCGACGAUGGCGAUGAAAUUCCGACGGAGGCACCCGCCCUUGUCCGUCCCGAUCACAUCAUCCUUGAAGAAAACGUCCCCGACUGGACAUGGCUGCGGACAGGCGAUUUUGGAGAGGAUGGUGGCACGGUCAACAAAUUACAAGACGGUGAAAAUGUCAUGAUGAUAUGGACACGACAGAGCUCGAACCAGGUCCAGUACGACGUUUUCUGCUGGUCAAGCGACUUAGAGUAUGAACCUACAAACGAAGACUACGAGAAUGCUAACAGCGGGGACUACGGAUGUUAA